CUCAGUAUGAUAUUACGGUCGAGUUGAGCAGUAUAUUAUAACCAUUAAGUAUUUUACCUGUAUGAUAUUAAAUAUGAUGAAUAUCAAGAUUGUUAUUUUACUUAGUCUAGUAGCGUAUGCAUCGUGUGACGGUAAUGGAUCAUCGGACGAUGGUGGUGAAGUCAGUGCAAAAAAACCAAAUAAACAGAACCUAAGAUACCACAAGCUAAAGAAUUCUGAGUCCAAUGCUAAGCCCCAAAAAGGUUUAGUUCGUUCAUUUUGUUGUUGCAUCCCCCAAACAAACUCAAACGAAGCACCUGUUUCAACUCCAACUGAAAAAAAUACUGAAGCUGAGGUAACUUAUACUGAGUUAUAUUCAUAUUUACAAAGUUCGUUCGAUGAUUGUUAUGAGUGGAUCAAACGUGCCAAUGCCGAAGAAGCUGAAGGCAUUAAAAAGGAGUAUUUUCUUAAAUAUAUGGGGGAACCAAAGGAUUUGGAACCUAUUUUUAAAAAUUUCUUCAAAGCUCAUCCAGAAAACGACAUUGAGUAUUACGCGUUUUUAAAUCUGACACGAUUUGGACAACUUUUUGAAUACAUUUGCAAGAUAAAAAACGUACCCGUUGAAAAUAUGGUUGAAGAUAGGAUAACGUCGGCAAAAACAAGGCAAUUACUACCUAUCAACACACAGAUUGAAGAUUCUGAUUUAGCUCCAGCAGCACAGAAAACUGAAGAACAACUGAAAAAGGAGUCGGACGACCUUAUCGAAAACGACAAUAAUAGGAUACCAUCGGCGAUAACAAGACAAUUACCAAUUAUCGACAUACAGAUUGACGAAUCUUAUUCUGAUUUAGCUCAAGCAGAACAGAAUACUGAAGAACAACGGCAAAUUGAGGCUGGAUCUCAGCCUACGAACUCAGAUCCUCUAGAAACAUACUCAAUGGUCCAGAAUAUUAUACGUACUCGUUUACCUUCGAAAAUUGACGAUGAAGCUCUGCGUAAAGACUUAGACCAUGUGGAUCAAAUAGUUAGUCAUUAUCGUUCAGCAUCAACUGGACAGAAAAGUGACGACGAAAUGGAAAUUGACGAUGAACCUCAGAGUCUAGAAGAUUUUAAAAUACAAGAGUCAUUCAAUGAUUGUGCUCAGUGGAUCGAUCGUGCCAAUGUCAAAGUAUCUAAAAACAUUAAAUUGGAAUAUUUUCUCAUAUAUAUGGGUAAAAUGAAGGAAACUAAGAAGAUUUGUGUAGAUUUUUUCAGAGCUUACCCAGAAAAAAAAUUUAGUGAUUAUGAGUCUUUAAAUCGAAAACGAUAUAGGGACCUCUUUGAAUACUUUUGCGAACAAAAAAAAGUAUCCAUAGAAAAUAUGGUUGAAGAUAGGAAAACGUCGGGGAUAAUAAGGGAAUUACCAUCUAUCUACGCACAAUAUGACCCGAAAUGACAAAGAAGACUUUUAUCUAAUUAAUAUAAUAAUAAUAUGUUAACAUUUUUUGUAGUAAUGUUAAAAAUCUCUUAAAAUAUGUUUAAAAUACUAUACUUCUAAAC